UCUACUCGGUACCCUCACCGCAGUCGCCGGCCUUGUUUGAGUUAUGCCUUCUUUGCGCGGUGUGCUGAUAGGCGACAGCCAGGUUAAAUUCAUGUGCAGGAGUCGCCUUCACUUGAAAACAUCCGUCGAGACCUGCACAUUUAGUUUUGGUGGUUCUGACGCUGUGCGAAUGGCUGAGGCCGUCUCUGCGAUGCACUUUCAGCGCGUAGACUGUCGUUUUGUAGUACGUUGGUGGUAACGACGUUUGCAGUAGUGCCAACGCGGACCCUCAAGAUAUAUGCGACAAUAUAGGGAAGUUAGUUCUGCAACUGCAGCACGAUGUGGCCCCCGUGGUGUAUACGUCUUCAAAGUGCUGCCACGUUGCUCCAGCUCUGAAGACGCCGAUGCGGAGCGCCAGAUCAAGAAAACGCGCUUGCUGAACCGCAAGCUGACGGCUACGCUGAAACGCCUGCCGUGUGUUCGAAUCUUGAACGCCGAGCAUCGGUUUCUCAAUUCCUCGAAAGAGCCACGACGUGCGCCCUUAGCAAUUGAUGGGUACCAUGUGCACAGAGGCCAAGGGAUCGAUCAGCUGGCCAAAAUCGUCAGUUCUCUUGCCCGUGAUUUCAGACCUGGAGUGAAGUCACAUGGACACAGCGAGCUGGGUAUCUGCUACAGGCUGCUGAAGUGCAGCCACUGCAACACAAAAGGCCGCGAAGUCCUGCGAGUGCAAGAUUGUGCCCCAGGGUCUUUCAAUUGAAAGUAAUACAUAUAGCAUGACCUUGCAUUAAUUAUCUUUCAUAAAUGCUAAUCACUACUCGAACAAAUCGAGAACGUUUCUGUAUUGCAGCAAAUAAAUGUAGAAAUUGCA